AUGGGUCAUUUUCAGCUGACUGAUACUGUCAGACAGCCGCAACCUCGGGAAUCGGUACAGGUUUUUUUCACCGCUGCAAAAAUAUCCCCGAACGGGCUCAAAAUCGCUCUCUGUAAUGGAACCGAUAUUGACGUUUACGAUAUCAAGGACAAAUCCUUUGUAAGACUCUCUACACUACACUCGCGGCCAUUGUCGGAUCUAUGCUGGUCACCAGACUCGCAAUGCAUCGCCACAGCAUCUGACGACUUCACAGUGAUAAUUACACAUGUCACAUUUGGAGAACUCCAUCGUCUGGUGAGUCACACAGCUCCCGUCACGGCUGUGAAAUUCACACAUCGGGGCAACCUGCUCUGUUCUUGCUCUAUGGACGAAAGCAUCAAGAUUUGGGACACUCUUUCAGGAACGUUACUGCGCACACUUUCAGCCCAUUCAGAGCCCGUUGUCUCCAUAGACAUGCCACCGCACGACGCCAGCAUUCUGACUUCAGGGUCUUACGAUGGACUCAUCAGAAUUUUCGACACGGCUACCGGCCACUGUCUCAAAACACUUACGUACGAUAAGGAUUGGCAAAGGGAAAACGGUGUUGUGCCUAUCUCGCAAGUCCGUUUCUCCGCUAAUGGUAAAUAUCUACUGGUGAAGUCUCUAGACGGUAUUUUGAAGAUAUGGGAUUUCGUAAGAGGGAAAGUCGUGCGUUCCUUUGUAUCGGAAGAGUCCGCUUCGCUUCGAUACACGUGUGGCAUGGAUUUUUUGUAUCCCGAGCGAGAGACUGAUGAUCCCAUCGUUGUGAGCGGCACAGAAACAGGACAAAUCGUCUGCUGGGACUCUCAGACUAAGCACAUGCUACAUAGAAUUCAAGACAAGCAUGGUGAGAACCCAAUUAUAGAUAUCAGCUGUCACGGUACAUUGAUGUGUUCCCUUUCAUUAUCUGGUGAGUGUAAUCUGUGGGUCUGGAAGCAGAGUUGA